CGACCGGCGCCGCGUACACGACAUUUGCCCCGUAUCGCAAGGCAGUACAGUGGGUAUCGUUUCAUAUCGUCCGGGUCGUGUAGUAGGAAUUGCAGACACGAUGGAUUGCGGCUCGGUUGCAAUUGCCUGUGCGCAACCUUUCGCUAUGUUGGACUCGAAGCAUCGCCUGUAAGUAUGACUGUACUAGAGGCCUUAUUCUUGUCAUACCAUCUGCUUUCACUACUAGUACCUCAAGGAGUACUGUUUGCGGAUGCAGCCACCCCCUCUUUGGCGCUCCAACUUGAAAGACAAUUCCUUUGUUGUACCCACAUUUUGGUCGGCAGGGCAUUCACGGAGCCCUCGUCGGACUCUCACUCCACUCAACCAAAUCUAAGCGCGUGUCUUUGUCAAUGCAUGCUCUGGCGUUGUGUAGCCAAAACCUUUCUCAGUGGGCAUGAAUGCCGAGCAUUCAAUUGGGAUGAUGGGCAGCUCCACCGUAAGUCACCCAUCUGCCAAUCAAUCCAGAGCCUUGUGUCCAAACCGCGCCGCGGCCUUACCUGUCUAUUGAGUAUGUUGCAUUACGAAGGUUACAUCACCAUAGUUAGGUCUAUAUUUUGAGGUGGUCGACUGAAUCGCAUCUGAGUUUCUGAAUGGGCAGGGUUGCCCACGGGCCCCCGGUUCGUUCAUCACUUCUACAGUGUUGGCAUCGAUAUUGAAAGAGCUGGGAGUUGAAAUCUUGGCGAGAGAUACCAAUUGGGUUUUCUUGGAUACUUGCAGGCCAUUUGACGCCAUCGC